AUGUGGGCUUCCUCUGAUUUGCCACAUUCCACGGUCGCCGUCGCCACUGUCGUCAACAUCCUCAGUGCUACCACCAUCGCCACUGUCUUCGACGUCCUCAGUGCCAUCACCGUCGCCAUCGCCACCUCCAUCGCCAUUCCCAUCGCCCCUGCCGAGGUCGAAAAUACCCCUUUCUCCAUCGGUCCAAAAUCUUGCUCUUGUUCGUGGUUAUACCCGUGCCCAUAUUCGGCCACCCCCAAAUCCAGGCCUACGCCAACCUCCGUCUCCACCUCCGCCUUCAUCAGCUUUACCUCCGUUUCUACUCCCCGAGAAUGCAACCCCUGCGAGGUGUUUGAAAAGAAAGAUUGUGAGAUUGAUAUCGCGUAUGAGUCGCCAAGAUGA